AUGUCCAAACCAACGCAGUUCCACCCUCUAGAGUUCAACCCCAAGACCGGAGAGCCGUUCCUGCGCCUCCCAGCGCCGCAUGAGAACAUCAUCAUCACGCCCCCCCGCAUGUCCGACGCGCCAGCCGUCGUGUCCAACAUGGCUGAUCCUGCGAUCUACACGUUCCUCGAAGGCCCGCCGUUCCCCUAUCUCCCCGAGCACGCCGACCAGUGGCUGACCAAGAUCAAGAACGGAACGGACGCCGCGUUCGAGGUCCUGAAGCGCGCGAACGAGGAGAAGCCAGACGAGCCGCCGAUCCUCCUAGAGGAGCCCCCCGUGCGCACCAUACGGGAGAUCCGCCAGGAUGGCAGCGAGCUGUUCCUGGGCGACAUCUUGUUUGUCCGCGAGCGGUAUCCGGAUAUCGACGACAAGGAGGUGAAGAAGACGCUUGCGCAGCCCAACGCGGACAGGACGCUUGGCGACCCCGAGAUCGUGUGGUGCAUUGGUGACUACCUCGCUUCCUCUCACCAUGGGAAGGGCAUCAUGACUGCGGCCAUCAGGACGUUCAUUCGCGACUGGGCUGUCCCUCGAAUGGGUGCGCGACGGAUACGCGUCGAAACGUUCGCGGACAAUAUAGGGAGUAGAAGGGUGUUUGAGAAACUAGGAUUCACGUAUGAGAAGACGGUUCCGGUACAGAAGAUAUUGAACUCGGGGCGUACCGUCGACGGCAUGGAUAUUCUAUGGUGGAAAGCCGAGUAG